AUGCAAGUUAGUAUAAAUUACGCCGAUUUUCGGCUCAUUCGCUCAUUGCUCUGUUUUCAGAUGACUCGUAUUGGUGCGACUGUCAAUGAUUUCCGCAAGAAGGUGGCCCAGUCAGCGCCAGCACUGGCCAAGCAAUGCCGAGCCCUGAUCAAAUGCUGGCAGAAGUUGGCCGAUCCGAAACCCACGUCCAGUGGUUCAUCGUCGGCCAAUGGCACACCCAGUUGCGCUUCCUCGCCGGCCGUCAAGAAAGGUGCCGUUACGCCGGGCACGCCAGCCGUACAAAGCGCAAAAGUUACCCCGGUGGCAAACGCACGCCUUGCCACUCCGGCCGGGAGCUCCCGUCUCACUCCGCUUGCCAGCUCUUCUUCACGCCUCACAACGCCAGUUGCAAGCACAGGCGCACGGAGUUCACCAGCAACUCUUCCAAACGGUUUAUCUGGUGAGCUGCUGCAGCAACAGCAGCGGAAAGGUCCGUCAGAAGUUGCAGUAGCUGAUACUAAGCAUACUGGCAUGCGGAAAUGCUCUACAAUACCCACAGACAUGGCAUCAAAAGCACUGGACGGGUUGCCGAGCUCGAAUGUCGUCCGAAACGGGAAGCGAAAAGCCGGAAACUCUGCAGACACGGGACAAUGGACGGCUCCAGCAGUGAAGCGCCCCCACGUCAGCUCCGCGAUGACCUCACCAGCUGCACAUCAGUCUUCGCUGUUGGCUGCCCGACGCGCUAAUGUGAAAUCGACCAGUGAGCUGGUGGCUCAGUUAACGGAGAAUCUGCCCGGGAACUUGGCCAUCGAUCUCUCAAAAGCUCAGGAUAGUGCCAAGAAGCAGCAGCAGCAUACUGAGCGCAGCAACAGCGCACUCGCCAAGAGCACGGUAUGA